CAGCUUUCCUUUACUUCUCCCCACUCUAAUGGCAUCACGGCUUCUUUCCAAUACCCUUCAGAGCCAAGCCGGCUUGACCAAGCAGUUCGUCCGACCUUUGGCCACGGCUGCUAAGCAGGUCGCCGCCACUCGCACCACAGUCCUUUCCAACGGUUUGACGAUCGCCACCGAGGAAAACACGACUGCCAAUGGUGCUGCCACUGUUGGUGUUUGGAUUGACGCGGGCUCCCGUGCUGAAUCGGCAAGCAACAGCGGUGCCGCUAACUUGAUUGGUCGUAUUGCUCUUAAGAACGGCAAGCAAACUGGCGGUGAAUUGACAGCUCGCACCACGCACGAUCAGACCUACUACGCUGCCAAGACGAUCGGAUCAAACGUCGAAAAGACCGUCCAGAGCCUUUCUGAAAUCGUUCAGGACUUGAAGCUCGACAGCUUGGAAAGCGAACGCGCUGCCGUUUUGAACCAACAACCUAGCAUGGAGGAUGUGACCUUCGAGCACUUGCACGCCACCGCUUUCCAGGGCACCAGCCUUGGUUUGCCCGUCGCUGGUUUGAACGUCGAGAACUUGACCUCGCAGGACUUGACCAGCUUUGUCAAAGCCAACUACACCGCCAACCGUAUUGUUUUGGUCGGUGCUGGUGAUGUCGAGCACGAUGCUUUGGUCAAGUUAGCCGAAAAAAGCUUUGGCUCGCUUGCUGCUGGAUCUGCUGCCGCUGGUGUCCAGCCUUCGUUCACCGGUUCCGAGAUCCGUCUGCGUGACGAUCUUGCCCAGCAAGCCCACAUUGCCCUGGCGGUCGAGGGUGCUCCUUUCAUGUCCUCGGAAUACUUGAACUUGUUGGUCAUGCAAAGCAUCGUUGGUUCGUGGGAUAGCACCUUGGGCGGUGCCGCCAACUUGUCGUCGCGUCUUUCUACCGUCGUCAACAGCCACCAUCUCGCCGAUUCGUUCGCUUCGUUCACCAAGGGUUACAAGGAUACCGGUCUCUGGGGCUUCUAUGCUGCUACCCAGAACCGCGAACAGAUCGAUGAUCUUGUUCACUUUCUGCAAAAGGAAUGGAACCGUCUCUCGACUACCGUCACUGCUAGCGAAGUCGAACGCGCCAAGGUCCAGCUCAAGGCUAGCUUGUUGUUGAGCCUCGACUCCACCUCUGCUGUCGCCAAGGAUAUCGGUAGCCAGAUCUUGACCACCGGCAAGCGAUUGAGCGGUGAUGAGUUGGCGCAGGCUAUUGACAAGAUCUCCGUCUCGGAUGUCCGUAACACUGCCAACAAGUUCAUCUGGGAUCAAGAACUUGCUGUCAUCGGUGCCGGUCCUAUCGAAUGCUUAACCGACUAUACUCGUGUACGAGGCAACAUGGCUUACAACAGAUUCUAAGCUUAGGUCCUUCUUUAUCAUACUGUAUUCAUUUUUUCCCUCCUUUUCCCGCCCCCGC